AGAGACAACUACAAAAGCUAAAGGUCCGGUUACCAAACUUUUAAUCGAGGUGGAGUAAGUAAAGCUAAGGGUUCCAAGAAAUCAGGUGAGUGAUGUCGGCUUCCGAAGCUCCUCUGUGCUUCAACUCCUCCGACCACCAGCCGGAAUGUGCCGCCGACGACAACCGGAAGUUUCAUGGUUCAUCAAAAAAGAUAAGAUUGAGCGACGGAAGAUUUAUAGCUUACAUAGAAAAAGGUGUCCCCAGAGAUGAGGCCAACUACAAAGUACUUGUGGUUCAUGGCUUCGAUAGCUCCAAGGACAUGAACUUCGUUGCACCUCAGGAGUUGAUGAAGGAGCUGGGGGUGUACUUAGUUCUAUUCGACAGAGCCGGAUAUGGAGAGAGUGACCCCAAUCCCAAGCGCACCCAGAGCAGUGAAUCCUUGGAUGUUGAAGAAUUAGCGGAGCUCCUAAACUUAGGACCCAAAUUUUAUCUGAUCAGCAAUUCCAUGGGAUCUUACCCCACAUGGGGCUGCCUUAAACGGAUUCCCCAGAAGCUACUAGGAGUGGCCAUGGUGGUUCCACCGGUGAACUACCAGUGGCCCUCCAUCCCAGAUAUCCUCACCAAGAACGACCAGAGAAAGAAGAUGAUCUACCGGACCAUGAUCUGGAUCGGAAAAUAUGCUCCCAGAUUGGGGCAAUGGUGGGCAGCUCUAAACCCUUCAAGAAAUAACAAGAAUUAUAGCGACAGGGAUCUCGAACUUAUCAAGAAUGCACCCAACGGCCAUGAAACCCCCACUGCAGAAAAGUUGAAGGACAAAAGGGUUUUCGACAACCUAAGCUCGGAUUUCUCGGCGUUUUUCAGUAAAUGGGAAUUUGAUCCAUUGGAGAUGAGCGACCCGUUCCCGGAGAAGAAAGGGUCGGUGCAGAUAUGGCAGGGAUGCCAGGACAAGUUCAUAAACGUGGAUUUACAGAGAUAUGUUGCAAGAAAACUACGUUGGAUUCGGUACUAUGAAGUCCCAGAAGGUGGCCACUGCCUUGUUUACGACGCCGAUAUUUGUGAAGCCAUAUUCAGGGCACUUUUGCUUGGAGAGGAUCCUGCCAAGUUUUGGCCUUACUAAUAAAUUUUUUUUUCUAAAAUUUGUUAUGUUAUCGGCUAAUUAUUUUUAAAAAAAUUAAUUAGUCCGAGGUCGGAUAUGUCUUAUUUAGGCUCUAUUAUUUUUUAUUGUAAAACUCUUAAUUAUUAGUUGUCAUCUUGUGUUUUUAGGUAUAUCCCUUCGGUCAGCGAACCAGAUCCUCCAUAUUUUAAUUAAAGUGGUUGACUCUUAUGAGUUGGGAAAGUGUUCCCCCUUAUUUUCUUUA